AUGAUCACGGGCGAGGAGCUCGACCCCGACGUGAAGAAGUGCCUCGAGCACAAGGCCGCCUUCCUGUCCGAGUACAACAGCUUGGGCCUUUUUGACGGCAAGAAGCAACAGAUGCUUGAGAUGUGGAAGACGGACAAGAGCUUGAAGCAGUGGGCAGAGUCGAAAACAACCCACUCCUCGUCGACGAGUGUCACCCAGGAGAAGCUGGAGAACUACGGUACCAAGCUGCUAGGUGUUUUCGUAUGUGGUUGUAGUUUUGAAAAGUUCGAUGUGGCCAAGCUCCUGAAUUUGGAUCCGGACUCGAAGGAGCAAAGCAAGAUUUUGAAUGCGGUCCGACACGACCUACCUCAAGAUGAUGCAUGGGACGAAAGCAACCCCAUGGAAAAAUGCUUCAAGCAGAUGAACAUGAUUCGCUACACCUUCUCCAAGAACUUGGGUGUCUCUACCAAGCGUGGCAAGGAAGAAGUUGAUUCUUUCGUUCACACAAGGGACGUUUGUGGCAAAAAGCUCAAGCAAAUGCUCGAAGAUGGCGGCUCCGGCGGCUCGGGCGGCUCGAGCGGGGACCCAGCGGUCAAGCUGGAGCACGUGUGGAUUCUGCCAGCCCAGGAGAAGCACAAAGAGAUCGUGCUAGCUCUGAAGACAGUGAAGACUCUGUGUUUGAAGUCUUUCGUCGUUAAAGCAGCCCAGCGUGCUGCGAGAGCCCAGCUUAUCAAACAGUGCGACAAAUUUGGUUUGGACCCAGAUGAGACCAUCAGCAUUGGGAUGCAUGGUGAUGGAGUACCUUACACGAAAAAGGAGUCCCUGGAGAUUCUCAGCUUCAACUUGUUGGCGAAUCCUACUGGGGAUAGAGUUCCGAUCACCGCCGUUUCCAAGAAGUGGGCUACCCAGAAGACUUGGGAGUGCUUGCUGAACGUGAUUACCUGGAGUUUGCGGAUGCUGUUCCUGAAACAGGUCUCCAAGGUUUUGCCCGAUGGCAAGCCGUGGAAACAUCGGCGAAAGGUGACUGGGCAGUUGCCCGGCUGCCUCUUGCUGCAGUGUAGGGGGGACUGGCCGUUUUUGCGAUCCCUGUUUUAUUUUCCUGCGUGGAAUUCUCAACAAAUCUGCUGGAAAUGCUCUGCAAGCCAAGAAGGGCCUCACAGCUACAAAAACACAGGUGCAGAUGCUUUGUGGCGGAAGCACAGGGUAAGCGACCAUGAAUUGUUGAGAUCUUUGCGGGAACAAAACGUUUUCGUUUGCCCGCUGUUGAGUUUACCAGGGUUCGAGGUCUCUUGCAUAUUAUUAGAUUGGCUCCACGUGGUGGACUUGGGCUGUGGAGCGGAUGCUAUCGGGAACUUAUUUUGGCAUUUGAUUGCAGAGCCAGGUUUUUAUCCAGGAACUUCCAGGGAGGCUCGAUUGAAACAACUUUGGGCUCGCUUGAGGACGUGGUAUCAAAGGCACAAGCCUGCGUCUGUCCUGGACAAUCUGACUGUGGAAAUGGUGCGAAGAUCCAAAGCGACUAGCAAGCCGAAGUUGAAAGCUAAGGGUGCCGAAUGUCGCUAUCUAGUCCCGUUCUGUCAUGAAUUGGCAACCGAGAUAGCAGAGGGCAAUCCGGAGGACCACGUCAUGCAAACAAUUGCAGGCCUUUUUAGUCAUUUGGUUGCUUUGCAGCAAUGGGUUGCAGGGAGCCUGGGAGCCUACGACUUCAACAAGGCAUCUGAGGAGUGCAGACGUUUUUGUGUCUUGUAUGGGAGCUUGCAGUCCCAGGCGACGUUUCCACUGUGGCAUUUCAAGCCCAAGAUGCAUCUGUUGCAAGAGAUGGUCGAGUAUCAGAGCGAGGAGCACGGGAAUCCCCGAGAGUUCUGGUGCUACCGGGGUGAGUCCUGGUGCGGCUUUUGGGCGAAAGCCAGCAAAAGGAGCAAUCGUGCUGCCUCUGCUCCUGUUCAUGCUGAGGGAUCGAUGGAUCAUGCCGUUUUUUAUUUGCCGCAGCCGUAUAUCUCCAAAUGCCAUCCUUCCGCAGCCAUGGCUAAAGUGGUGCUGCUGUCUAAGCUGGACCCCAAGGGCAACAAGGGUGCAUGGCUUAGGCUGAAGGAGGACGAACUGGCGAGAACCAGAGAAGAACUCUUGUACCACUUCGGCUGCUCUGUGCUGGACGGUGUGCACGAGACCGGUAGCAGCUUCCACAAGUACGAGGAAGUUUGGUUUGUUGUGGAGAAACCGUUAGUCGACCACGGCUUGGACAACAGUGCGGUAGCACUACAGGACUUCGCCUGGUACAAUGUGGAAGUGAAGGUCCUGGAUGUUGUACCAUCCCAGGACAUACGGCCAACGCAGUCGCCGUGA